UGGACCUGACUCUGCACAUCAUCAGAUUGUUGUCCUCUGUCAAAACAACAACUUGUAUCACGUGACGUAGUGCCUGUGACGUCGCCUCCAGUGGAGGAGGGUGAUGCAGGGGGGUUUCCAUCAUGGCGUCGAUGCAGAAAAGGCUACAAAAGGAAUUAUUAGCCAUGCAAAAUGAUCCACCCCCAGGAAUGACGCUUAACGAAAAAAGUGUACAGAACACCAUUACGCAGUGGAUUGUAGACAUGGAGGGAGCAUCUGGCACACUGUAUGAAGGAGAGAAAUUUCAGCUGCUUUUCAAAUUUAGUAGUCGAUAUCCUUUUGAUUCACCUCAGGUAAUGUUCACAGGAGAGAAUAUACCUGUCCACCCUCAUGUGUAUAGUAACGGUCACAUCUGUCUGUCUAUUCUAACGGAAGAUUGGUCGCCAGCCCUCUCAGUGCAAUCAGUUUGUCUUAGCAUUAUCAGCAUGUUGUCCAGCUGCAAAGAAAAGAGACGACCGCCUGAUAACUCGUUUUAUGUAAGAACGUGUAACAAAAAUCCAAAGAAGACAAAAUGGUGGUAUCAUGAUGAUACAUGCUAAUGUACAAACUUUGUAAUAAUCAUAGAAGAAAGAAGUCCUACUGACCUACGUAAAGCACUUUUUAAUCAUUCAGUCUUUGAACUCUGACCUUUGACUGGAACAAUGGACACCAUGCGCUGGAGGCUCUUGACUGCAUUCCCCUCCCACCACCACCCCCCCGCGCGGGCAGUUGGAUGCAUGUUUUAGUUGGUUGUAAUAUAGAGAACGUUUUAGAUGCACCCGAGAUGGCAAAAAGGUAGUGAUGCAGCGAGCGAGCGAGCAAGGUGGAUUUGUAGUGAGAUAAUUCUAAUUCCUGUUUUAAGAUUAUUAUUGUUGCUUUUUUUUUUUGUUUUGUUUUUUGUGUGGGUGCAUUUUAAGGUCCUUGUUUUGUGCAAUAAUAACUGAUGGAUGCAUGCUUGGGCCUACAAAGAGAAAUCCAAAUCUAAUUGUUUUCUGGAAGGGAUCUAAACCAUCAUAAACCCAAGAAAAUGCUUCAUCUGUUUGUUUUAUUUUUUAAAUGAUAUGCACUGUGAAAGUAUCUAGUUUAAAAAAGGCACUAGUAGUACGUUAUUCCCAACUUGCAGUUGUACUGUAAGCAGUCCUCCACUUAUUUAUCAGGUUUAAGAGUUUUUAGUUUGUAACCACUGAAUUAAACACUGUUUUCUUCUUCAUCUUCCAACUUGAGACCUGGUUGCAGCUCUUCCUGCCGUUGGACAAUAUGUCGGUACAGAUCAUAGGAAUUAAACAGAUAUGACGGUAGUCAGCAGAUGACCUCAUAGUACUCGUAAAGUUGGGCUGAACUCGUGUAGUGUUCACUAGUCCAGCCUCGAAGAUGUGCAGCGGCCUCUCUUCCAUUUAAAGAAUGUCUGUAAGAGAACACUGUCGCAGGAUCCAUUUUUUAUUUGUAUGAUAGUUUUUUUUUUUAUUAUUUCAUGCUUUAAUCUUCUAAAAUGUUUGGUUUUAAAGAGUUCUUUUUUUGUACUGUUUUUCAACUAGCUGAUAUUUUGAAAAGGGGGGGUUGUUUUGAUGGGCCAGUAUAUUUUGGAUUUUCUUUUUUUUUUUGUAUUUGUUAUUUAAUUUAAAACCUUCGUUUUCGAUCUCAAGAACGGUAAUGAAUGACGAAAAGGAGAGUCUUUUAUAGAAGCCGUGUAAAGAUGUGGCUUUUGUGAUUCCCCCUGGUCAGAGUUUUGGCUCAGGUACUUUUUUCAAUAAAAAGAGAUUGCCUCUAAAAAGAUACCUAUCAGAUAUUUUGAAUUUAACUAUAUUUUCACCAAAAGAGACUGUUAUGUUGUAAACUUACAACAUGUCUGAAACUAUUGUACAUACGUCUUUAAAUUGUCGGAUGAUGUGAAAGAAAUUAGCAGAGGAUGCAUUUACUUUAUAGCAGAAUGAUAAUAGGAGUGCUUUAUUUCAAUGGAAGUUAGUCUGCAUCUUUUGCUAAUUAGGAUGUGUACAGUCAGCAUCAAACACUACUGUUGGUUUAAAAAAAAAAAAAAAAAAAGUUUAGUAGUUUUACAGUGGGGGUGCAUGCAAUUUUAAACCCUACUUUUUCUUAUUGGCAUCAGACAUUGUGACAACUUUUAGUCUUUCCAUCACUUAGGUAACGGUUUAUGGGAUGGAUAUUACAAACCUCACCUCCAGAGGCUGUAAGAGACUGUAAUCACUCCAUUCCUAAAGAAAUGUUUAUCGCCAUCCAGUCAGAGAUACUUGAAUUUUCCAUCUUGGGUUGUUUGUAUUGCAUUUGCUUUUUCUUUCCAGGGUCUAGCUGAGUUUAUUGAAUGAAGUUGAGUGAAUGUGAUGAUACUCUAUAUACUGUAGAGGAGAUUACCACGGCACACCGCUAUCUCAAAAACUAUAUUGAUAACUUAAAGACAUCUAUUUAACCAAUGAUUUUUUUUUGUUUUAUUAGCUUCAUUGUAACGGUCGACUUGUCUGUUGUCACCGCGCUGUGAGGAAAAGAUGAAAAUGAUUGUCACAACAGCAUUUGUGUGGGGGACAAGAAGCCUUCACCUAGUGGGCAGUAGUUCAGAAGAGAUUUGAAGAACUUGCGAGUGAAAAUGUUACAAGGGUUUGGAUGUGACAUGUUUUUAUUUUUCUUCCUAGGUUUUUUUUUUUCCUUUUCAAUGUGGUUUGAACUCUUAGCUUGCAGGUUGUUGUGAGUGAUCAACACUAAUGAGGGUGUGUUAUUUAUAUUUGAAAUUUUGUUCUGGGAUGUGCAAGCUCCAUGUAAUAGGUGCCUGUUCAUUUUCAUAAUCAAUAAUAAAAGCAAAGAUUCACUUUUAUUCAA